AUGUCGAAGCUGCCCAAGAGUGUCUCUACUGCCACAUCGCGCUUGGCGCAGGUGUCUCAACAGUUCUCGUCUCAAGCUCCACUCAGACAACAGCAAGCAAGAAUGAUCCAUAAAGGUACCAUGCACAAGUUGAACACUGGAGCAAGCAUUCCGGCACUCGGAUUCGGAACUUGGCAAGAUAAAGAAGCACAAGAGCCAGCAGUGGUUGCUGCCCUUCAGGCUGGUGUGAGACACAUCGAUACAGCAGCCGUAUAUGGUACUGAGCCCGCGGUUGGCUCUGCGAUCAAGAAGUCCGGUGUUCCCCGUUCUGAGAUCUUCCUCGUCACCAAAAUUUGGAACAAUUCGCAUGCCCCUGAAGAUGUCGAGGCUGCUCUCGACACGUCUCUUUCAAACCUUGGAACCGACUAUGUGGAUCUCUGGUUGAUGCAUUGGCCGUCCGCAUUUGCCAGUGGUUCGUCGCUCUUCCCAAAAGACUCGAAUGGAAAGGUAAAGGCUGGAAGCUCGGAUUAUGUCGAGACUUACAAGGCAAUGGAAAAGCUUUACAAGUCUGGCAAAGCCAAAGCUAUUGGCGUCUCGAAUUUCAGCAAGGCUGAGAUGGAAAGACUGAUCAAGGAGACCAGCGUCGUUCCAGCAGUCCACCAGCUUGAACUCCAUCCUUACUUGCAACAGCACGACUUUGCUGAAUGGCACAAGUCUCAGGGUAUCCACGUUACCCAAUACUCGCCUUUUGGCAACAGCAAUGAAGUUUACUCCAAAGGCCAGAACUUGAGCAAGCUGAUUGAAGAUCCAACUCUGGCCGAAGUGGGAAAGAAAUAUGGCAAGUCUGGAGCGCAAGUAGCGUUGGCUUGGGGGAUUGCUCAUGGCCGCAGUGUCAUUCCCAAGAGUAAGACUCCUUCGAGAAUCCAACAGAACGUUGAAGGAGACUUCGAAUUGUCUGCAGAAGAUGUCAAAAAGGUGGACGCAAUCGACAGGAAGCUGCGCUUCAACGAUCCAAGUGCGAACUUUGGGUGGAACUUCUACCAGGAUCUGGAUGGAAAGGAGGCUUAA